CCCCCGCGCGCGCACAUGCACACACUCACAGACGCGCACGCGCAGUUAGCGCGGACUGCAGUGGAGCCCAUGGCGUCCGAGCGUCUCCCAAGCAGGCCUGCCUGCCUCCUCGUGGCCAGCGGCGCCGCGGAGGGGGUCUCAGCCCAGUCCUUCCAUCACUGCUUCACGCUGGCCAGCGCUGCCUUCAACCUGCAGGUGGCCACCCCCGGGGGGAAGACCAUGGACUUUGUGGACGUGAACGAGAGCAAUGCGCGCUGGGUGCAGGACUUCCGCCUCAAGGCCUACGCCAGCCCUGCCAAGCUCGAGUCCAUCGACGGUGCCCGGUACCACGCCCUCCUGAUCCCCAGCUGUCCGGGGGCCCUGGCCGACCUGGCCAGCAGCGGGUCCCUGGCCCGCAUCCUGCAGCACUUCCGCUCUGAGAGCAAGCCCAUCUGCGCCAUUGGCCAUGGAGUCGCCGCCCUGUGCUGUGCCACCAACGAGGACAGGUCCUGGGUGUUCCAAGGCUACAGCGUGACGGGGCCCUCCGUGUACGAGCUCGUCAGGGCCCCCGGCUUCGCCCGCCUGCCCCUCGUCGUGGAGGACUUCGUGAAGGACGCGGGCGCCAGCUUCAGUGCCAGCGAGCCGGACGCAGUGCACGUGGUGCUGGACCGCCACCUCGUCACCGGCCAGAACACGCACUCCACCGUCCCUGCCGUGCAGAACCUGCUGUUUCUCUGUGGCAGCCGGAAGUGACGCACAGGUGCCCGCCGAGCCCCCUGCCCGCCUGUGGAUGCCACCCCCUCCAGGCGGCCCCGGAGUCCCCAGAGGCAGCUGGGUGCCUCGGGCCUGCAGGGACCCUGCCUCCACGCCAGCCCCAGUGACUCUGUACUCCAGGCAGGCCUGUCGGGGCUGCGGAGGCCUCCAGGAGUCAGCCCGGAGGGGGGUCAGUCUGGCCGCCAGCUGGGGUCCGGACUCCAUGUGGUCGGUGUCCUGGGGUGGGGGCACUGGGUGUGUCUCCCUCUGCCCGUCCCCGCACACCUAGGUGGGGCAGGGACACCAGCAGCUGUUCCCAGGUGGUGGGGGCCCUGCCCUGGCUGGCGGCUGCCCCCAGCCCUUUGUGUGCUGGCUGGCUGUGUGGGGACGGGCCAGCUGGCGGGAACUGGCUCAGCACUUUGGACUUGGGUCAAGGGGAAGGGAAAUGAAUCUUCUUAUGGUCACA